AUGUCUCGUCUAUGUUUUCUCCCCUCAAGAUCUCCUCUCGCCCAGAAGCCCCUGAUUACAAGGAUGGAAAAGAAAUUCUACACCCUCUACGCCGUAUUCCAUAAAUAUAUGUGCGACUUGAGAGAUGCGGGUAUACAAAAUUAUGAUGAGAAUGGCGAACAAGAGAUACUUUUCAUAACUGAGGCUGAAUCGUUAAAUGACGCGGGAAUGAUAGACGUGGAAACUACUGACGGAAGGGGAUGCAGCAACCCAUUUUUCUAUUACUACACCCGUUUUAUUCAACCUUCGACAUGUGGCAGAAGGUCCAAGUAUUUAUUCGACUAUCUUGCACGAAUAUCCAAAUCGUUGAAUGACCCCCCAGCUGAAAUCGACAUCCAUAAGUUCACAGAGGAGCGAAACCUGGGUCCGGAUUGGGAAGAUUACUUGGAUCCAAGCUAA